GGUCAACCAGCUAAUGCAUUCAGGAUGAAGAGUCUAGUGCUUUUGUUCGCUAUUCUGGCCGCGGCCAGCGCCGAGUGGAUCGAAAUCGAUUGGUCCCAGGUGAAACCGAUCGAGGAGUUCGAUCACUAUUGGGCUCGUCUGCCACCGGAGCUGCAGUUCCUGCGCAAGCUAACACCAUCCCGUAGAAUCACCAAUGGUCAGGAAGCCACUCCCGGUCAGUUCCCGUACCAAAUCGCGCUGCUUAGUACCUUCGCCGGUGGUACCGGUUUGUGCGGAGGAACCGUUCUGACCAACAACUUCAUCAUGACUGCUGCCCAUUGUGUACAGAAUGCCCAGGGAGGAACGGCCAUUAUCGGAGCUCAUAACCGAAAUGUUGUUGAAGCAACUCAGCAGAGAAUCGGCUUCGGAGCAGGAGGUAUUAGGAUCCAUCCUGGAUACACUCCGACCAACAUCAGAAACGAUAUCGCCGUUGUACAGUUGAACAGUGCCAUCGCUUUCAAUGAUCGCGUUCAGCCAGCCCGGAUUCCGGCAGCAGGCGAUAGCCGUACCUUCGCUGGAUUGACCGGAACCGUUUCCGGCUUUGGACGUACAACCGAUGCCAGUCAGGCCACUUCGCCGGUGGUUAUGUUUACGACCAAUCCGAUCAUGACACAGGCGGACUGUCUGUCGAGCUGGGGUAACAACGCCAAUCUGAUCCAGGCGCAGAACAUCUGCCUGUCCGGUGCCGGUGGCCGCUCGGCAUGCAACGGAGACUCCGGUGGUCCGCUGACCGUUAACGAUGGUGGUUCCCUGCAGGUUGGUAUCGUUUCGUUUGGAUCGGCCGCCGGUUGCUCGAUUGGAAUGCCAUCGGUGUACGUUCGGGUUACCUUCUUCCGUCAAUGGAUCGUCGAUAAUUCCGACUUUUCGUAA